AUCUACCCCAGGUGUUUCGCAGCGAAGAGCAACUUUAAACAAAGAUUUAUUUAUAAAUAUUGAACGGUAGAAGAGGAGCUUGGAAAGGGAACUCGUGUGAGUGAUGUUGCCCAGUUAGCCGGUGUUGAUCUGUCCAAACCAUGAUGAUGGAGAACCACGAUGAUGUCAUAGAGGCUGAGCUUGCCCAGGUCAGACUCAAGGUGCCCGCUAUAGAAGGGUUCAUAUUGGACGCUGCAGUACCCAUUCUUGUCAGAGCAAUAUACAGGCGGACAGAGCACAAGCAGGUGACGAUCCAUGUGCAGUUUCCGGCGGGGUACCCGCGCGAGCCGGUCAUCAUGGAGUUCAAGAGCAAGACGCUGUCGGACAGACUGCUGGACGGACUGAUGAAGGUGUGUGAUGAGGAGGCCAAGAGGAACGUGGGACAGAGACAGGUUAUUCUGAUGUUGAAUUUCAUUAAAAAGUUCAUCGACGAGAACCCGCUGUGUGUGUGUCAUCCAGAAAUCUCCUACAUCAAACAGUCACUGAUUUCCGGCGAUGACAAAGUGAUACUCAAACAAAAAAACUCUCAAAUUGUGAUCAAAGUGUUUCAAGACAGUUACUUCAUGAACAUUCGUAUCUCUGUGCCCGAAGACUACCCCAUCGCUCAAGUGCAAACGGAGAUUACUGAUACCAAUUUCCCGAUACUGCUGAGGACGAACUUCCAAGCCCAGGCGAUCGAGAUAGCGAGACAGUGCAUCCAGCCACCUCUCAAGAAAACACCCAAAGCACCGCCUUUUGUGCCGAAGCCUUCAUUACGUCCAGUGUGUGACUAUUUGAUAAGUGUGUGUGUGAAGAGAUAUCCACAAGAGAUCUGUCCUAUUUGCAAAGAGAAAGUUCUUUCAGAGGAUCCAAAGUUGGUGAACAGUGAUCCUAAGAGAGGCAUCGAGCGCGUGUACUGCGGCCAUUUGUUUCACAACGAGUGUCUGGAUGCGUACAUGAAGACACCACCCUUUACUGGAGGCAAGAAGUGUCCGGGCUGUGAUCAGCGAAUAUUCCAUGACAAGUGGAAGAUUCCCCCCGAACUAGCCGAAACUCGGUGGGCUCACAAACAGGCGCGACAGAGAGAACUCGAGGAGGUGGUCGACUUCCUCUCAUAGUGCUAGCUUGUUUGAAAUAUACACAUUAAACAAAAAUAACAUGUUCUCAUCUAUACACAGUGGAAACUAGUUUUUAUAAAACUUGUUUCCUCCUUGAGAUGUCAGUUAGAAAAAAACAAAAAACUAUAUGUUUGAUAGACAUUAUUAUAUGACCUUGUCUGUCGUACUGAUUUUACGAAAUGAGAGUGAAGGUAAUUCAUGAAUCCUGUCACAAGUUUCAUAAAAUUAGUACGAUUCACACGAAAGUGUAAUAGUUUUUAUGAAGACUGUCAGAAUGUUUGUAACUAGGAGACGAUAAAGUGAUGUCAUUUUAGUAAGUCAUUACACAGAGCUAAGAUUGUGGAGGCCGCAUUAUGUUAGGAUGUCCUUCCCAAAAUUAUGUACUUUGUUAUGCACAUAAAAUGAUUAUGACGUGUGUCAUACUGGUUAUAUUUCCCUGUUGAACUAUGUGGAAAAUAAAAACAUUUAUAACUUCAGUUAUAUACCACAGGCUGCAUAUUCAUAAACAUACUUCAAGGUAAAGUUCAUAAUAAAAACAUUUAUAACUUCAGUUAUAUACCACAGGCUGCAUAUUCAUAAACAUACUUCAAGGUAAAGUUCAUAAUAAAAACAUUUAUAACUUC